UCUUGUUUGCAGCGGUUGCGCCUUCACUGGGAAAUAAACCUGAACACGAUUAAUCCAAUAAUUUCGGUCUCGCCCAGCCAUGUAAUUGCAUUAAAAUUGGAAAUAAUGUGCAAUUUCGCUUUGCCAAUACAAAAAUAUAACCGGAACACCAACCAAAAUGUCGACCUUACAUGUCAAAGAAGUUAAUCAUGAUUGACCGAUUAUUAUAUUUUAAUCAUGUUGAUUGGUUGUUGUAACCAUAAUGUUGAUUGGUUGUUGUAACCAUCUUUGUUUUGACAGCUGACUACGGUAGAUCUCAUUUUCAUGUGCAGUGCGGAAAGUUGAAUGAAUAACUAAAGAGCGCAGCUAGCCUAAAUGCGAGAAUAUUUGUAGCUACUUGCACUAUUUCCAUGUAUUAUUUUAUCACAGUAGUUUUUAAUGUAUGCCAAAUAAAAUGCUAAAAUAUAUGUACGCGGAACGUAAACAAUAUGAGUUAGCUUAGCCCCUUGACCAUGAAUGACUCUCAGUUCCAUUCCAUUACACUAAAGUGAUGAAAUGCGUCUUCUGUAUGGAACAGGGGAAGAGCCCCAACGCUCCGUCUGAACAUUACCACUCAUCGCUUGCGGUACGGUUUGGGAAGCAUAAGGACCUCAUCUUUCAUAUCAGUCAGAAAUCAUUUUCAAAAGACAACGUUAAAUUGAUACACACAUUUUUAGGGUUACAGCGCGAGGGACCACCUGUGCUAAUUAGCUAUCUAGCAUGCGCCUAACACCUGUGUAAAGGGAGAAGGCCGCCAGAAACCUGUUGUGAAAACUGCGAUAAAGUUGAUUAAAACAGUGUACAGCAGUGUAAAAAUAGUGAAACUUGAUAUAUAUAUAUUCUUUAGGUAAAACUAACCUAAAUAUAUUCACGUCACCAAAUAAUUGAUUAAAUCACACUGUUUUGCAAUAAACAAGCCUCAGCAGCACAUGGUAGGGCCAUGGUGUAGCCGGAGGACAGCUAGUUUCCAUCCAUCUCUGGGUACAUUGACUAUAAAAAAAGCCUUAAGAGGCUUAUCUAGCACUGCAGUGCAUAAAAUGUGAUGAGUAGUUGACUCAAAGAAAAAGAGACAAUAGAUGAACAGUUUUGAAGAAAUUAAUUAAUUGAUUUAAAAAAUGAAGGAGAAGUGCAAGAAGUGUUUUUUUCAUCUGAUCACAGACAGCUGAUGUGUUCUGCACUUAAGUCCACAAGCGGAAGGGAAAAGAUCACACGAUUGUGGCCAGCUCGACAGUCCGACGCUGUGGCGCAUCUUUGAGGCGGUGGCGCUGAGUCUUCCAGUUCGCCUGCUGGUGACUGCAGUCUGGGGGAGUGACGCCUCCGGCUUGCCCCCAGAGGAGCUUCUGUCUCUGGGCACAGCUCUGCUGGCUGCCCUCAGCUCCUCACCACCAUCCCUCUUUUGCUAGGGCUGCUGGUCGAUGGGCCCAAAUGGAGCCCACAGAAACAAGCACCAGGCUAGACAAGAGAUGGAACCAGCCAAGCCAGACUGAACAGUCAUCACAGAGCACGAACACUACCGGGAGACCGCAGGAGUCAAAGCACCAGCUCAGGAUGCGAAGAGCCCUAGAGGCUCUGAGGACGGUACUGCAGAGAAUGGAGCUACAACUUCCCAUUCAACAAUCAAACUGGUUGAGGCCUUGGCUACAGACUGUUACCAGGUUCUGAUUACAGUGUGCGCUUUACCCAGGGUCCCAGAUCAGCUCCUGGUAAGGCGUGCUGCCACAGCUUUAUAUCGGGCCUUGGAGCAGAAACAGAGUCAUGAAAAGGGACUACCCCUCCUGGGCACCCUCCUCUCAGGAAAAACCAGAGAGAGCCUGGUGUAAGCACCCAGCCGACCUCUAUCUCCUGGCCAGAGUCUCACAAGACUUCUGCCAAGCCACCGGCCACACCCAGUUCGAUAUGUGUGUCCUGGUGCCGCAGUUCCUCCCCCUGCCAGGUGGGACACCAAAGAAUACUGACCUAACGCCAACUAUGGUCAGCAUAUGGGCGGCCCUGAGGCCCAUGCUGCAGGCCAAACUGACACCAGGUAAGUUAGGCCCUGUGUUAGUCCUCUCCACCUGCCUGUUGGACCUGUGCAGCUAGGAGCCUGUGGUGCAACCUAAGUUCUGCUGCCUGCUGGUAAACCGGGCCUGUGUAAAGGUGAUGGACUUGGAGGAGCCCCCCGAUACAGAACUGAGCCCCCAGUUGCAACAGUCGCUCACCUCCUGCUACCGCGUCAUGGAGGCGGCCAUGGAGCAGGCCUGCAGCAGCCAGGGAGUCGCCCAGCAGAGCAAUGCCCAGCAUCAGAGAGCCAUCACUGGGCUCAGUCUGCAGCAGAGCAGGCAGGUCCUCCGGGUUCUGGGGGAGGCCUUCUCGGCAGUCAUCUAUCACCUGCAGCAGGUUGAUCCGAGUCGUUACGGCGACCCCUUCAUUUUCACCACAAUCCGUUCCCUCUGCGCCUGGCUCACAGAAGAGAUUUCCUGUUUCAAGGAGGAAGUGACCGCCCUCUUGCCAUUCCUGAUGGGCUAUGCCAGAAGCCAUCUGCAGAGAGAGUCAGUUCCAGGUUCUUUCCAGUUGGAUGUCAGAGAUGUCUGUAUGUGACUGCUCCAAGGUAGUUUUAGUCAAGAAUUAGAACAAGGACUUCCUGUUCCUUGUUAGAAACGUAUUAUGGUAUUAUGACCAGAGCU